AUGGAGAACCAAGAAAAAUGGAGAAGAUACGAAGAUAAAAUCAAGGCCAAAAGGGACAUAAAUACGAACAGAAAGAAGAAACCAAAUGAAGUGCGUAAGCUGCGAAGGGACGAACUGGUAAUGCAACGAUUGAGCGCCACAGUUUCAGGGAAAGCUCAAAAAUUCUCUCGCAUAGGCGCUAGAGAAUUUGUACCAUAUCCACUUGAUGAUCUCACUGUUCGUGGCAUUAAAGAUGCUUGUUUGUCUCACUUUGGCCAAAGAGUUAGUGGAAUGGAGUGCGACAUUUUGGCAGGUGAGCAAGGCCCGUCGUGUAAAACACUUGAACAAAUAACUGACUUAAAUAAGGUCAUUCAUAUCCGCUUUGUGAGCUGUGAUAAAGAAAUUGUACCUGUUCAGGACGAUGAAGCAAGUGGAAACGAGGACAGUCAUAGUUUCACACUUCCGGCCAAGAAAAAGCCUAAGGUUGGCAAGAAAUUUGAUUCAUUUGUACCACCGAGUUAUAGACCUAGUUCUUUGCCAACAGUUGCAACUGUGAUGCCUGAAGUGCCAGUGGAAGAAAAAGCUGUGUACCCCAAAAGCCUUUCAAUUUCACAAAUAUUGAAGCUUGGCAAGUUGGUUAAACCUCCACCUGAAAGAAAGGUUUUAAACCUAUUUCAUUUUGAUCUUCAGCACAUGGCAUGGUCAGAUAUAGCAACAACAGUCGAGUGUCAAAUUGAAAAUGAGCCCUUUGUUUGCCGAAGGUGGUUUUAGGAGUGCAUACAGAGCAACUAUAAUCACUGCAGAUUUCAGCAACAAAGAGUGGGUAAUCAAGAAAUUUCUUCAGAGUACAGUCAAGUGUAUACAGGAUGACCUACACACAACGGUUGAGAAUCAGGCAAAGAAAAGUAUUCAAGUGCAUUAUCCUGCAAAAAAUUUUGCAGAACAAAUGCAUAGCCGAGUUCAAGAAAUCUGUAGAGCUGAUUAUGGUGAAACCUUCUUCUACAGUGAUGUUUAUCUGGGGAAAGAUGAAAAUAACAAGGUCGUUACUGUUGAAGAAUUUGUAGAAGGAGAGUUUGUAAAGUACAUUAAUAACACUGCUGUUGUUUGCGGAAAAAGCACCACUGCAUCAUCCUUGAAAGCUCAGUCACUUGUUCACUUUUUCGUAUGAAAAGUCUGGAGGGAAAAUAAUGCUAGUUGACCUUCAGGGAUCUGGCUAUCAUUUAUUUGACCCGGAAAUUGCAUCUAGGGAUGUCAUUGAAGGGGAUGAGUACCUUUUUUCCACUGGGAAUUUGUCAGGUGUUGCUAUCAACUACUUUACUGAGCAACAUAAAUGCAAUGCAUACUGUGAAGCCGUUGGAUUAUUACCUUUUAAACAGCAGUAGGUAACUGACUUAGCAAGACAGCAGCUGUUUUAUCAUAUUUUAAUAUAUGUUCUCUUUGUUUUAAGUUAAUGACCAAUUUUAAUGGCCAGACUCAGGCUUUUACAUGGCUGUUAGAUACUGAUAAAAUACUUGUUUUAGUGUUCUGGAUUUCUACAGGGUGUAUAAAAAAACUGAACAGAUUUAAAAUUGCUCUCAAUUUCACAAAACAGCUAUUUGUAGCUGUUUUUUUUAUAUAUAUAGCUUCUUUGG